AUGUCCAAUUCCUUUCUUCCCCCCAUCCCCUUCCCUGCUUCUCCCCAUCCCCUUCCCUUCUUCCCCCCAUCCCCUUCCCUGCUUCCCCAAGUUCCCUUCCCUACUUCCCCCCAUCCCCUUCCCUUCUUCCCCCUAUACCUUUACUUGCUUCCCCCCAUCUCCUUCCCUGCUUCCUCCCAUCCCUUCCCUUCUUCCCCCCAUCCCAUUACCUGCUUCCCCCCAUCCCCUUCCCUGCUUCCCCCCCUCCCCUUCCCUGAUUCCCCCCAUCCCCUUCUUUGCUUCCCACCAUCCCCUUCCCUGCUUCCCCGUGUCCCCUUCCCUGCUUCCCCCCAUCCCCUUCCCUGCUUCCUCAUGUCCCCUUCCCUGCUUCCCCCCUUCCCCUUCCCUACGCCUUUACACCAACACUUUCCCCCAUCCCCUUCCCUUCUUUCCCAUGUCCCUCUCUCUGCUUCCCCCAUGUCGUUCCGUUCUUUCCCCCAUCCCUUUACCUGCUUCCCCGUGUCCCCUUCCCUGCUUCCCCGUGUCCCCUUCCCUGCUUCCCCGUGUCCCCUUCCCUGCUUCCCCCCAUCCGAUUCCCUUCUUUCCCAUGUCCCUUUCCCUGCUUCCCCCCAUCCCCUUCCCUGCUUUCCCAUGUCCCUUUCCUUGCUUCCCCCCAUCCCCUUCCCUGCUUCCCCCCAUCCCGUUCCCUUCUUCCCACCAUCCAUGUACCUGCUUCCCCCCAUCUCCUUCCCUGCUUCCUCCCAUCCCCUUCCCUGCUUCUCCCCAUCCCUUCCCUUGCUUCCCCCGAUUCCCUUCCGUGCUUCCCCAUGUCCCUUUCCCUGCUUCCCCCCAUCCCCUUCCCUGCGUCCCCUCAUCCCUUUCCUUGCUUCCCCCAAUCCCCUUCCCUGCUUCCCCCCAUCCCCUUCUGUGCUUCCCCCUAUCCCCCUUGCUUGCCCCCAUCCCCUUCCCUGCUUCCCCUCAUCCCCUUCCCUUCUUGCCCCCAUCCCUUUACUUGCUUUCUGGUGUCCCCUUCGCUGCUUCCCCAUGUCCCCUUCCCUGCUUUCCCAUGUCCCCUUCCCUGCUUCCCCGUGUCCCCUUCCCUGCUUCCCCGUGUCCCCUUCCACAGCACUCACACGCACCACUUUGGGGAGCUGCGAGGAGGACGAGGAAGAGCAGCCACGCCUAGCGCUGGCGGCUUCCAUGGAGGGGCAUACAGAGGAAGAGGGGGCCGAGGCGGGAAGGUGGGCAAGGUGGGGAGCAAGGUGGGGACAUGGGCCCAUGCAGGGUAGCAGGGACGAUGCCUCUCGUGCGGCAGAGGGUCAGGAGCAACAAGGGGCGUGGGUAGGAGGGGCAGCGGACGAGGAGGUUGAGUUACCAAAGGAGCGCGUAGUGCGCAUUCCAGCCUGCCGUCGCAUUGCCAUUCGUUGCCCGGAUGGCACUCGGCUGGAGUGUCGUUUCCGGGCCCAGGCACUCUCUACAUGUGCUGUUCCAAUCCUUCAAAACAGCCUGCUUGCCACCCAUCCCACGCCUCUGCAUAGUCCUUCCUGCCAUGCUCAUUCCCUUGCUCUCCCACUCACUCCCUUGUUCUCCCACGCCCCACUCCCGAGUCCCCCAGAUGCUGGGAAGCAGAUCUACGACUGGACCCGUCCCGAGGUGAACCCCUCGGCGCACCCCUCGGCGCACCGCCACGCCGGUCACGGAGCAUCAGCAGCCCAUGGCACACUUCGGCGGGUUAUGCGAGAUAAGGCGCGCAGCUGGCAGAGCUGCAAGGCAGCCUUCUCUCAAGACUGCCUUCAACCUCCCCUGCUGCCCUAG